AUGUCGAUGAAUGGAAAUGGAAGGGUGGAAUGGCUUAGUGGGCUGCCACCUUCAAUUUGGAAUGCCGGAUACGAUUUUAAAUUCUUACCACCGGAUCUUCGACCCGUUGCACAAUUCGUUGGCCUAUGGAAAUUGGAGACGAAAAGUGGAAACAUGCGAGAGUUCUAUCCGCCAGACCUCAUCGAUAUGGCAAUAAACCCCAUUCCAAAAUUUGGUGCUCGAGCUAUAAACAUAACGCACACAUAUUUUGAUGCUGAAAAUAGGGUAAUUCGUUCAGAAUAUGGUUUUAUGCCAGUAAAGAAUGCUACUAAGAGAGAUCCACGAAUACAUAUUGCUUAUUUGACAACAAGUAGUGACGGUUAUUCGAUGAUGGAACAAGGAACGGUCAAUGGAAAUAAACUAAUUUUUCAUCUUAAACAAUUUCUUCGAAGAACAUUCAACGUUGGAAACAAUGGUAUUGAAUUAGACAUAAAAGAGUUUGAACGACAAUUUCACCUAACCGAUUUUUAUCAUAUGACAAUGAAAAUACGAGCUGAAACAUCGCUUGGAAUUGAAGGAUAUACCUCACAGUAUCGAAAAGUAAUUCCUUCGUGA